GGAUUAUGCAGCACCACUUUUUAUGUUGAUGUUGGCUGCCUGUAAAACUUUGUUAGUAAAAUUCUUUAUCUUUGGUAGUGAUUAAUUAUUUACUGUGAAUCCGCAUGAUCAGUGAAAGAAAUCCUCUUUUCUUAUAAAUUUUUGGCCUUGAUGUUAACUGGUAAGUAUAAAUAUCCCUGAAGUUUCGCUCUUUGAAUUUGUUGUUAAUUUAGCCGCUAUAAUUUAAGAUAUCCUUAGGUGGUAUAACCUUAAUGUUCUUGUUUUCCUUGCUUUUGCAUAAUAUUUUCUUCUUUUUUUCACUUUUCUGGUUGGAAAUGGGAAGAGGGAUUAGGGAACCACUGCACCUGUGUCAGCUUUUAGCUCCGAUGUUCAAGAGCAUAGAGUCCCUUUUACGUGGCUACCAUUAUUCAUGUAAAGGUCGCACAUAUGCUAUUAUAGAAAAUGUGGUAAUGGCGAAAAUGAGACCUGAUCUCUUGACCCUAUGUAAGAUUACUUUCAGAUGUCUGAGGUUCUCCACUCUGCUGUUGACAUAAGUAGUAAAGAUAUUCGCAUUUGGACUCUCAAGGCAAAAAAGUAAUAUUGAAUGGCCUUCUGUAGUUUAAGUCCAAUUACUGGUAACGACAAUGCUGUAUCUGAGCCUAGAAGUGUUGAACUGUGGCUUGAAAGGUUGAAUUUGAUUAAAUUGACAAGCCAAUACCUUAGAUUUAAACCUAAUUGAAGCAUUUUUAUUUAGAAGCGUUAAUUCUUACUUCACUAUCCUGAACUUUUAUAGUUGUUCUGUUGACAUUUUCAUUACAAUAUUCAUCACUUGUUCUGCAACAAUUAGCAAGAAAGGAAAGAAACAUUUAAAUUGGGAAGCAGUAAAUAAAUAAAUGGUGAGUUAAAAAGAGAAAGUUCUUAGCUUCCCAUUUUAUCAAUAUGAUGGUAUUCUUUUUGUUUGGCUCCAUAAUAAGAACCAUGAUGGGCAAAAGUAGUGAAACAACUGCAACUGAAGGUGAUAUGGAAGAUAGAAUUUCAAGCCUCCCAAGAAAUGUUAUCGAUCUUAUCCUAGAUCGCGUGCCCAUCCGAGAUGCUGCAAGAGCAAGUCUUCUAUCAAGCAAGUGGAGAGAUGUUUUGGCUGAGUACCCGCAUCUGCGGUUUAAUCAACAAUUUUCAAAUUCAAUUGCACGAAACAGAUUGCCCUCCGAAUUCAACAAUGACUAUGUACAUAUAGUCAAUAGAAUACUCUUACAACACUUUGGACCUAUCCUGAAAUUUGUUCUUGACCUUCCAGAGCUGCAUCCAAUGAGAUUGAGUGAUGUUGAUCAGUGGAUGCUAUUCCUAUCAAGGAAGGGUGUCAGGGAACUCACUCUUGAUAACUCAAGUUCCAGUCCUUACAAAUUACCUGCUUACAUUUUCUCUUUUUCUGAGCUUACCUAUUUAAAAACAUCUAGGUGUAUUUUCAGACCACCAACUACUUUUGAAGGCUUUGGUAAGCUUAAUCGCCUCAUUUUGGUAGAGGUCACCUUUGGAUCAUCAGUCCUAAAUGUCCCCCAACUUGUCAUUUUGAUCUUAAGGAAUUGCUCUGGUGUCCAUCAUUUAAAUGUGUCUGCUCCACAGCUUCAAAAGUUGACUCUUUAUGAAAAUGAUUAUCUUGCAUUGGACAAUUACAUGAUCUGCAAGAAACUAGCUUAUGUGUAUCUUGCACUUCCAAAUGGAAUUCAACAACAUAGACAGGGUGAGAGAAUCAGCUUACAAGAGCUUUUUGGCUGCUGGAAUACACUGACGAAUGCGUAUUUGGAUGGAAGAUUUCUCAAGCAUCUGGCUGCAGGCAUUAUUCCUGAGAGGCUUCCAACCACAAUGGACUGCUUGAGACAACUUAUGUUGUUUCGUAUUAGCUUUGAUUUGGACCAGACUGCUUGCAUUCUUUGCUUACUGCAGAGUUCCCUCUGCUUACAAAAGUUCGAGAUUUGGAUUGAAUCAGUUGCAGAUAAUGAUGUUACAGUUCUGAAUUAUUUGGAAGAGCCAAGUCGCAUGAACCAAACAAUUGAUGGGCUUCAAACUGUGAAAAUAAGAUAUUUCAAGGGUUCGAAACCUGAAGUGCUCUUUAUAAAGCUCUUACUAGCCUGUUCCCCUUCACUCGAAAAAAUAUAUAUUGAAGAGGAUGAAAAGCUUCGUCUGAAUGAAAGACUGAGAAUAGCAAAGGAAUUGAUGCGCUUCUCACGUGCAUCGACAAAAGCAGAAAUGAUGUUUCAACCAUUAAACUCUGCGUCCACUUAGGAUCUGCUUGAGAAUGUCUCUGUCUUGCCCUUUUCCAAUCUAAAGCAUUCCUCUUAUUCUGGUCUCUCUAAGUUGUAAAUGAGGUCCUUUUUUCUCUGUCUGUUGAUGUUAGUCCUCCAACUGUUUCUAUGGUCUCUCUUAAGUCUAUAUUUUUUGUUUGCAUGUACAGUCUUUGUUAAGUCUUCAGCUCUCAAGUCAUUUCCUGGUUAGUUUGUUGCUCUAAGUGACAUUUCAGCGAGGAUCUUCAUGGCCUUGCAUUGACCUUC